CAUCCACUUGUCAGAUAACAGGCCUGCUCGCCACUCUUUUGGUUGCCAACCAGAGCAUUGCAACUAGUAAAACCAUGAAAGAUUAGAGUUACAAGGUUUCCUAAAGAGCCGUGUGGGCCUGGAACAUCAUCAAGAAUGAGUGGAGGACCGUGAAGACCUGGAACAUCAUCAAGAAUGAGUGGAGGACCGUGGUUUAUGGUUCGUCGAUGUUGCAAAGCCAAAAUAAUCGUGAAACUUUUACUGAAUGAAUGCUGAAAAGAUUUUCUCAUUUGAAGAUAAAGGACAUCAUCUUACAGUAAAAAUCCCUGAAGUUGUUCAUCCUCAGUAUGGGAUGUUCACCUGGCCUUCGGCACCUGUAUUGGCACAGUAUGUAUGGACAAACCGUGCACAGAUUCAAGGAGCAACUGUCAUCGAGCUUGGUGCUGGUACAGCAUUACCAGGAAUUGUUGCUGCACUUUGUGGGGGCCAAGUUAUAUUGACUGACAAAGAAGACUACCCAGAAUGUCUUGAGAAUUGCAAGAAGAGUUGCUAUGCUAACAGCUUAACAUCUGUGGAUGUUGUGGGAAUAACGUGGGGAGAGUUUUCACCUAAUGUGCUAAAGCUUCCAAAAGCUGAUGUCAUUCUGGGCUCAGAUUGCUUCUAUGAUCCCAAAGAUUUUGAUGAUGUUUUGGCUACAGUUUCCUUUCUGCUUGACAAAAAUCCAUCUGCAAAGUUUUGGACAACAUAUCAAGAGAGAAGUUCUAAUUGGUCUAUAAAGAAUCUAUUAUCAAAAUGGGGCCUAAAGUGUGUUCAGAUUCCCCUAGAAUCAUUUGAUGCUGAUGACGAAUUUGUUGGUGGAAGCUCAAUGUCUAGCAAACACACCAUCCAGAUGUUAGAAAUCAAUAAAGAGUGAGAUCUUUAUGAUGACUGGUUAAAUAAUGGGCAACUUUGAUGAUGGGGUGGCAAUCUUGGAUCACAGGGGGCAAAUAAAGCUUUGUUACAGUAAUGAUGUUGAUUGAUAGUAACAGCUCACCACAAGAGAAUAAAACAAAAGAUAAAUUAAGGUGGGGUAUCCAUCACCUUAACAUAUAACAGAAAGACAAACACACAAAACUCUAUAUAUUUUCUGACAUCUUUGUUUUGUUUUGCCCCCUGGCAAGACUGGCACUGUGUCAUCGAAGUAGUCCAUUAAUGUAGUUGGUUCAAGGUUUGGUCAAGAAUUCAGCAGCAUUGUCAGCUACAGUAUGUAUACCAUAGGAAUUGAACACUGAUGUUGCAGCAUCCAACAGAAUGACUUGCAGGAGAUAGUAGAACAAGCCCUGUCAUACGGGAGGACAACUCAUUUCAAGGAUCACAUCACUCUUUCUUGGUACUUGUAGCACUUUCUGAUGUUUGAUGAAGAGGAACUUUGAAAACUCUGAUGUGAAUGRCUGAGUUCGUUCUGAUCUUAGAAUGACUUUCAUGCUCCUGAAAYAAAAGGAUAUAAUAAACCAAUUUAUUUUAGUCAACUAAAAAUGUCCAAAAUAAAUAUUAAUAAAUAAAUUGAUACAUUAUUGUAACUUUGUUUAACUUUACCUGUAUCCUAAUUAUUAAAUUUGUUAGCAUAGUUUUUUUUUGUUAGUUUUUUCUUCUUCUUUUGUGUGUGUGUGUGUGUGUGUUUGUACUCCAAAUCCAAAUGUGUAAAUCUUUUUUUAAGUGAACUCCCUAGAUGAGCUCGAAUGAGAGCUCUUGGAGCAAACUUAAAGAAUUUAUAUGUUUAAAUAAAAAAUAUAAAAAAUU